UGGACAGAGGCUGACAAGAAAUGUCGCGCCGAUCACAGCAACGGUAGUCUACUUUUCAUUGAAGACAGUUAUGAGUAUUCAUUCAUCAAAUACUGGACACAAUCCGAGAUGAAAUCCAUCGAGUUCUGGAUCGGACUCAACGCUAAUAACAACACGUUUAAUCUGCAAUACCAGUGGGCAAACGAGUGGCCCGUAUAUCACACGCCAUGGGCUGCGGGCGAACCCAAGUACCGGUUCGAGUCGGACCGCCAGUGCGUGAUUCAGGACCGGGUGUCCGGUCUGUGGCGGAGUAACGCCUAUUGCGGCGAUCGGCGGGCAUUUGUGUGCAAAGUCGGUGAGAUAUCAACGCCCGGAGAGUCGCCAUACGUGCAGGCGUUGUGUCCGACGUAUGUUAACGUAAGCGCCGGGCGGUCGGGCGUCGGCGGCACUACUAAUGAUCAGUGGAUAAAUUUGCACAAACCAUCGCCAAAGUGCCACUGGUUUAGCGAUACGUUGGCUUUGAAUUGGUUUGUAUAG